UAAAUUAGCCACAACCGAUAGGAUUUUGUCAACGUGACUGGAAGGAUUCUCGCAUGGUCUCAACAGGACUGCGUGUAGUGGGUGAUAUAAAACCGACCACACGGGUUCACCGGCGUUUGUAGAACUUGAUCACCACGGAUACGAACAGAAAGAUGUCCACGGCUUCUUACUCGGAGAGGAUCACAAUGGAGCCCCUGGUCGCAGCUAUCGAUCAAGGCACAAGCUCGACGAGGUUUCUGGUGUUCAAUUCUAAAACUGCAGAGCUGCUUAGUCACCACCAGGUUGGGAUAAAGCAGAGUUUCCCUAAAGAGGGCUGGGUAGAAGAGGACCCUAAGGAGAUUCUUCAGUCAGUUUAUGAGUGUAUGGAGAGGACCUGUGAGAAGCUCGGCCAGCUCAACAUAGACAUCUCCAACAUUAAAGCUGUCGGCGUGACCAAUCAGAGAGAGACUACGCUGGUUUGGGACAAAGAGACUGGGGAACCGCUCUACAAUGCCAUUGUUUGGCUGGACCUUCGUACACAGUCCACAGUGGAGAGGCUGAUCAACAGCACCCCGGGAAAAAACAAGAACCAUCUGAAGCACAAGACCGGUCUGCCCAUCAGUACAUACUUCAGUGCUGUGAAGCUGCGUUGGCUCAUGGACAACGUGGAGGAGGUCGCUGAGGCUGUCCUGACACACAGAGCCAUGUUCGGCACUGUGGACUCCUGGCUUAUCUGGUGUCUGACAGGGGGGAAGAGUGGAGGGGUGCAUGUCACAGAUGUGACCAAUGCAAGUCGCACCAUGCUCUUCAAUAUACACACCCUGGACUGGGACCCCGAGCUCUGCAAAUAUUUCGAUGUCCCAAUGGAAAUUCUACCCCAAGUGAAGAGCUCCUCAGAAAUAUACGGUUCAAUGAACUCUGGUUCUCUGGCAGGAGUUCCCAUCUCCGGGUGUCUCGGGGACCAGUCCGCUGCUCUGGUUGGUCAGAUGUGCUUCCAGGAUGGACAGGCUAAAAACACGUACGGAACUGGCUGCUUCCUGCUGAGAAACACAGGGAUCGAGCCAGUGAUGUCAGAUCACGGCCUCCUGACCACACUGGCCUACAAACUGGGGAAGGACUCACCAGCCCACUACGCUCUCGAGGGGUCGGUGGCCAUAGCUGGCGCAGUGGUACGCUGGCUGAAAGAUAACCUGGGAAUCAUCCAAUCCUCCGCAGAGAUCGAGAAGCUGGCAGGUGAUGUGGGCUCGUCCUAUGGAUGUUACUUUGUUCCUGCCUUCUCCGGGCUGUACGCCCCCUACUGGGAGCCCAGUGCACGAGGUAUCAUCUGUGGCCUGACUCAAUUCACUAACAGAUCUCACCUGGCCUUCGCUGCGCUGGAGGCUGUCUGUUUUCAGACUAGAGAGAUCCUGGAGGCUAUGAAUCAGGAUUACGGGGUUCCUUUGACCCAGCUCCAGGUGGACGGAGGCAUGACCUCCAACAGGCUACUGAUGCAGCUUCAAGCUGAUGUACUCUGCAUCCCCGUGGUGAAGCCGUCCAUGUCGGAGACCACGGCGCUGGGCGCAGCCAUGGCAGCAGGAGCAGCGGAGGGGGUGGGUGUCUGGAGUCUGACCCCUGGUAACCUCACAACCAUCCCCACUGACAAAUACCAACCCCUGAUCAAUCCUGAGGAGAGUGAGUUCCGGUACGCACGAUGGAAGAAGGCUGUCCAGAAGGCCAUGAAUUGGGAGACCACUGAGCCCAUCAGCAACGGGAACGGCCCGGUGAGCAACGGGAACGGCCCGGUGAGCAACGGGAACGGCCCGGUGAGCAACGGGAACGGCCCGGUGAGCAACGGGAACGGCCCGGUGAGCAACGGGAACGGCCCGGACACCACUAGUAGGAUCUGAGCCAACACUAGGAACCGUUGAGGAUACAUAUGGAGUUGAAGAGAGGGGGAACAUACAGAAUGUAACACCCGUCCCUCCAUAGGUCCACAUGGCACCUACAUCUGAUGGCUGUUUGGGCAUGCUGUGGACUGUCCUUUCCUCCUGAGAGCAUUCCUAGUGCACAUCCUGUUGCCUCCUGUACAUGUACUCAGCCCCGGUCUCUUAGUCCCAUGGACAAGGACCCUACCCGUGAGCCUUUUAUCUUGGAAGAAAGGCCCAAAGAUUGAAUCAAUUGAUGGAGCUCGACUGUGUGUCUGAACGGUGAUGGAGACUGAUUCUCCUGUGGAAGGGAAAAAAAACAAACAUCCAAUCUUGUCUUGUUUUCUAUUAAUUUAUUAAGCAGAUGAUAUUUUAAUGUUCAUCUUUUUUUGUCAUAUUGUGCAUUUUGUCAUUUUAACAAAUGUGGGCACUGUACAUUUAAAAAAAUAAUAAUAAUAAUUAAUUACACUGGUUAGUAAUAGCGUCACCAUUGAACCAGUGUUGUGAGAAUGUUGUAGGCUACAUAUCUAUAAUGUGGAAUGGAAGACCUGCCGAGAGAUGGUUUGCUACUCUGAUGAUCGUAGGAUGUACCUAGUUAUAUGUGUGUCCACUUGACGGAACCUCGGUAUGAAAAGCAUCGCAGGGUCCUUACAGCACUUUAUAAUGAUUGCUUUACGUGUGGAGUGCAUGAUAUGAGUACGACGCUCUGGAUUUUUAAAGGGACAUUUGUGUAUUUAAAUAAUAAUAAUUAAAUACCGAUAAAGCUUUUUUUAAGGGAUCAUCAAUGGAUAAUGAAAGGUCUGUGAAACACAUUUACUUAAGUUGCAAGUGGAAGUUUUAACUUCAAAACGCUUCAUAA